AUGGCGCAUUGUGUGCUCUCGACAGACCCAAAUAUUGUUAUGGCAGAGCAGAACAGCCGCGAUGUGGUAGAUCAGACCCUGUCGGGCGGCGAGCCUUCGCCUUCCGACGUCCCUGCAAGCACCACCGACAAACCGACUCCCCACGGGGACGUGGGAGAAAUUCAACAUAUCGCGACCAGUUCAAAUGCACAAUCUUCGACAGACCCGCACUACAACGACGAAACGAGACAGACGCCUGUAUCGCAUAACGCGAGUACUGGAGCUGAUAAGGAAACUGGGAGUCCUUCGAUGGAUUCUUCCAAGCAAAGCAUCGGGUUGGUUGCAUCACGCGCUCUUGAAAUGAAUGGGCUAGCCUCAGUAUCGGAUGGUGGGGAUGACACAGCCUCACAAGGUGGUUCAGAAUCGGACGCUAGUCGAACAGACGGCAGACAUCACGAGCGAACUGGAUCGGUUAAGAAGCCUUCUACGUUCAAGCCUGUGUCUUUCGCCAAGUUCGCUGUGCCCAAAGCGCCUGGGACUGCGGCACCACCAAAGGUUCCAGAGAAAGUGCCAUCGACUUCGACCACUCCUCUGGGCACACCUCAACUGAGCUCUCGGCCACGGUUGGUCGCAAAGGCAACUUCUGGAAACUCCGUUUUGAAGCAAGGUUCAAGCAGCACGAAUUCGGGCGGUUCUGGACCAGAUCCAAACCAAGUUUGGAACAAAAACCGACCCGUUCAGCCGACCCCCGCGAAGCACUUGACCGACGAAGAGCUGAAGCAGCAAUAUGGAAUUCACAUGACAUCUCGUAUCCAGGAAGACGGCGGUGGUACUACGGAAGCGAAGUGGGCCGAUAUUGAUGAUGACGAGGACGAUUGGGCCCCUGAGACGAUUGAGUGGACGGAUGGAACAAAGGUCACUCUCACCCACACCGACCCGGUACCUGCACCUGAGCAUGCCCAGGGAGAGCUGCCGCAGCCGCCACCACCGCUUGAGGCAGCAGAAACGAAAGAACCAAUCAAGAUCGCAGCGCCGAAGCCCACGACAUCUAUUGGACCGAAUCCAACUGUACUUAGGCUUGGGGCAAACGCUGAACGACAAGCUAAGGCCGCCAUCAUAUCCUCAAAGGGCGCAAAUGAUAGAGCUCCGUCUGGAUCUACAAGUCCUGCACCUCCGGUCAAAUCACCAUGGGCAUCCUUGCCUCCUGUCGAGAGAGUAUCACCAGUAAACGCGUCGGGUCACCCUCCACCUCCGCGCGCCCCUCCUCACUAUCCGCAUCGCGAUGAAGCUCGUCAUGCGCCUUAUCCGCCUCAAGAGAUCGCAGCCGAUGAUUUUAAUCGUCAAUGGCGAGAAUCUGCGCCCGGUGCGCCACGCGAGCUGUACAACUCACGUUCCGGUCGUUAUGAACCAGUAUCGGACAACCGACGGCCAUCCUGGCGAAAUGAGCCUCCCCCAGGGGGCUCUCGGGGUCCGGCGGUCCUACAACGGUCAGGUCAUGAUCAAGGCGGACCAGCUGAACCUUCUGCGGCUUUCCAGACUCACCGGCAUCAUCAAGAAGGUGGAGGAGGGAUGGGCUGGAAUCGUCGUCGAACCUCCUCUAAUGUUAGUGGCGGAAGUGGAGGAUUUGGACGUCGCAUGUCUUUCGGCCGCACAGAUGGACCUCCAAGGCACUUUGAAGCUCGAAGGGGCUCUCAGACCAAUGGGAUGGUUGAUCCUGCAUUGAUCGACCGCGAACAAAUACAUCAUCAUGCACCAGCUCAUCAGCACGGUAGCUCGGCUAUUGCCUCACCUCCACCUCCGACUGCUGCUGAACUCGCGUCGACCGAGCACCAGCCAGCUCCACCUACCGCUCCUGCGGCACCUGAAGAAGAUCCUUUGGUAAUGCAAGCACGGGUGAUGAAGGAGACUAUCCGCCUAGCCAAGCAGCGACGGGAAGAGCAAGAGGAGAAAGAGAAGCUUGCGAGGGAAGAGAGAAUCCGGCAGAAGUUGGCGUCUCUACCUCCCGCUCCCGAAAAGCCGCAACGCAAAGAGAAUGUUGAAAGUCGCAAACCUCAGGCUCCGCCUACUCCUGCUGCAGCUUCUGCAGUUAUGCACUCCCCUCCAAAGCCCCCGGUCCCAGAGCCUACUGGCGCGCCAAAGCAAUAUGGCAUGAUGAAAGUCCAUCAUCCAGAUACGGUAAAGAAACUUGUCGCGGCCAAUGAAAGAGACCGUGCUUCCGAGAAACAUACGGAUAAGCCUGCUUCCUCUCACUUGCGCCAAGCUCCUUCUCCUCGUGAGGCGAAACGGGAACCUGUACAUGCUCCCGAGCCGAAGCAACAACCCCAGCAGCAACAAUCCGCUCAGUCUCCUUCGCAAGAAACGAACGUGGAUGAGCAGAGUGGCCAGUGGCGUGGUAAUCUCAAUGUGUCUGGUUCAUAUCCAUCGUGGUCAGCUAAUUCUAAGCUUGCAUCCACCUCACCUUCUGUGAAGAACCCAUGGAAGCCUUUGAGCAGCGACAGAACUCUCGGUAAUGGUAUCUUUGACCAACCUCUUGGUGGGUUCCCCUCGCGGGAGCUUCCAUUGCGGAGCCAGUUGGCCUUGGAUCAACCUGCGAUACCUCCCCAGGCGUUACCUGGAGCCCAGGAUGUGUCGGUGAUUGCUUCGCUGCCAUCUCCUGAGACCAGGAUCGCGGGCUAUGAUCCAUUGAGUCCCAUCGGUCGUCCCGGACCCAUCGGACCGCCAUUGCCCCGCAACCCCAGUGCCCUUGGUGCAUGGGGCAACUUCCACAAUGUCGCAUCUCACAGAGAAGCCGAAGAAUCCGAACAGAAACGACAGGAGUUUAACGCCAACCGCAGCCAGCCUAGUACAGCAGUCAAUUUUAAGGAGACCUGGAAGCAAGUGCGAAGUGGAGAAGAAGCUGGUCAACGACAUGUGAUGGGCGGAGGCGUGAAUCAAGCCCACCAGAGCCUGCCUGUCAAUCCGUUGACGGGUCUGGAUGCUCCAGUGGAUGGUCUCCCUUUUUCGGAAACCCAUGCCCGCCCUCUUGUCAGUGUUCCUACGAGGAGCUCACGUUUCUUCCCACCCGGACCUGAACAACAGAAGAAGACCAUGACAACGACGACGACGGUGAUCGAGAAGUACGAAUAUGAACGAAGCCCGUCGCCGCCACCACCGGAGGAGUCGAGCCAUCCAGUUUAUUUCGGCGGCUCUGGCCGGCCUUUGGUCCAUCUGCCUACUCCCAAGCCUGUGGUGAAGCUCCCUCCUAAGGCUACCGCAGCACCUCCACCCCCGCGGCCCCCACCAACGUUUGCCUCUAUGGCAGCUGCACCCCCACGGGGAGCCCCGGCACCCUCGAAUAAGAUUUCAUGGCAAGAAAAGAUCAAUACUCUUUUUGGCAAGAAAACGCCCCCCGGCAACGAAGAGCUCUUUAGCUGUAACAUCCGCCACUAA